UUGAUACAUUUUCAGUGGGAAGUAGAAAUUAGUGUAAAUAAAUUAUAUGUGGCAGACUGUACCUACCUACUACGCUCUAACCAACCGUAGCUCACUACAAAUGACUAAUGAAUACCAACUAGCACUCUCGCGCACAUCAUUUAUGCGAAUUUAUUUAAGUUUUUAAAAUUGGAUGCCAUCCAAUUUUUAUGCCCUGUCCUUCCUCAUUGAGAUCAGUUAUAAACAAGUUCACAUUUGUUCUUAGAGUUGUAAAGAUGCCGGAACUAACAGUGACUUCAGAAAUUUAUGGAGAAUAUAACUAUAAUACUAAAAUGACACCACUGAUUGAAGGAAAUGUUAUUUCGGAAUUUCCGUUUUUGCUGCCCAAAAAUGACCACAAACCUCAAUUUGAUGAUGACGAAGACUUGGACAUUGAAAGACCACAAAAAGAAUUGAUAAAAAUUGAACACAGCUCUAAAACCAAACUAGCCUUAGUUGGUUUACAAGUGUGGAGGGGAGCAUUUCUUAUAGGAGACUUGCUCAUCCAUCUAGGAGUGAAAGGAGCCCUAAAAGAUAAGACGAUUUUGGAACUGGGAGCUGGGACUGGACUGACCAGCUUUAUUGCUGGAAUAUACGCCAAGAAAGUUAUAUGCACUGAUAUCAACCUCGGCGGUAUAUUAGACCUUAUUAAACUGAACACCAAGUACAAUGAAAAGCUGAUAAAAGCAGAGUUCAAGGUGGACGCUUUAGACUUCACCGACAUGUCUUGGAGCCAGCAGCUUGCUAGAGACAUCACAGACACUGACAUUAUUAUAGCGGCUGAUGUUGUAUACGACGAUGAUGUGACUGCCGCAUUCGUUGCAACGGUACAAAAGAUCCUUAACACCAACCCACCUAAAACCCUAUACAUGGCGCUAGAAAAACGCUACGUCUUCACGAUAGAACACAUGGACUCCGUCGCACCGUGUUACGAGACAUUCCUCAGUCUGUUGGAUAAAGUAAAGAAUGGAUCCAACUGGACUGUAGAGCAGAUGCCUUUAGACUUCCCUAAAUAUUUUACUUACGAUAGAGUCAAAGAGCUGGUACUAUGGAAAAUAUCUUCUGCCUAGUUAUUAAUGUGAUCUGUGAUAAUCAAUGGAUAAUCAUAAUAAAUAUUUUUUUCUUCACAUGUUUUUUUUGCACUCUGGCAACGUCAUUCUAGUGACAACAUUAAGCGUCCUAUGCGUUGAAAGGGUUAAUCUCGAAAUGAAAAAUUAAACGAUUUUGUAAAUCU